AUCAUCUUCUACGAGGACAGGAACUUCCUGGGUCGUUCCUAUGAGGUCAUGAACGACUGCCCUGACAUGUCCUCCUACCUGAGCAGGUGCCACUCCUGCAGGGUUGAGAGAGGCUGCUUCAUGGUGUACGACCGGACCAACUACAUGGGCAACCAGUACUUCCUGAGGAGGGGUGAAUAUGCUGAUUACAUGAGCAUGAUGGGGAUGAACGACUGCAUCAGGUCCUGCCGUAUGAUCCCCAUGUACAGGGGAUCCUACAGGAUGAGGAUCUACGAGAGAGAGAACUUUGGUGGUCAGAUGUAUGAGCUGAUGGACGACUGUGAUAACAUCAUGGACCGUUACCGCAUGUCCAACUGCAUGUCCUGCAAUGUGAUGGAUGGCCACUGGCUGAUGUACGAGCAGCCCCACUACAGAGGCAGAAUGAUGUACAUGAGGCCUGGAGAGUACAGGAGCUUCAUGAACAUGGGAUUCAGCGGCAUGAGGUUCAUGAGCAUGAGGCGCAUCACUGACUCCUGCUACUAGGCUGUCUUUGCACUAAAUAAAGCUGUCAUGAACUGAA